AUGGCCUCGAUUAACGAUCUGGCAACGGCCGCUUCGGCACUCGUCAGUCCCGCUGCCACUGCCGCUGCCGCUGCCGCGGUCACGGCCCCGCACCCGCAGCCCUCGUUGUCGUCGUUAGCCGAUUCGGCUCGGACCACCACGCAGGACGGGGCUGAUGGCAACGGUGAUGACGGUGAGGCUCCGGCUGCUGUGGUCCGGGGCGCCCUUGUGGUCCUCGAGGGCCUCGACCGGAGUGGCAAAACGACCCAAGUCAAACUGCUCGAGCAACGGUUUGUGGAGUUGGGCCGCAAGGUCAAGGUGAUGCGGUUUCCGGACCGCACAACACCAAUUGGCCAGAUGAUCGAUUCGUAUCUCAAGAGCCAGGUCGACAUGGACGACCACGUCAUUCAUCUGCUCUUUAGCGCAAACCGAUGGGAAGCAGCUAAAUCUAUCGCCGCCCUCCUUGCCUCCGGCACAACCGUCCUCUGCGACCGCUACUACCACAGCGGUGUCGUCUACUCCGCCGCCAAACAAAACCCCUCCCUCACGCUUCCGUGGGCGCGGGCGCCCGAAGUCGGCCUGCCACGCCCUGACCUAGUGCUCUUCCUAGACCUAGACGAAAACCAAGCGAAAGCACGCGGCGGCUGGGGCGGCGAGGCGUACGAGAAGGCAGAGAUGCAGCGGCGCGUGCGGGAGUUGUUUUGGGGGUUAAGUAUGGGCAAAAUUGGGACUACGUCGGUCGUUAGGGAGGAGGGGACGAGUGAGAGGAAAGAGGUGGCGGUAGGGCCACCGACAGUGGCGGGCCAGGAUGCGCUAACGGGGCACGAGUAUCGGUUCAGACAGGAGGAGGAGGACCUCCAUGUGGUGGAUGCGAGCUCGUCUGUAGAGGAAGUGGCAGAAGAGGUGUGGAAGGUGGUCAAAGCCAGGGUUGCUACUGUUGAACGUGGUGAAGUUGGGCGGGUUGUGAGGAGAGUAUCGUGA